UUAGGGGGGAGGGUUGUACAUUCUGCAUCUCCGGUCCUCUCCUCCCAUCCUGGAGAUCAGAGCGAUGCGGAGACAAUAAGGACGCAGAUCCGCAGGGAGGCAGCAGGAUGCCCGGACGCACAUCCAGCAGCGACGCGCUGCUCUCAAGCCAGGAGGCUCCUGCCAGGCUGUAGUAUGAGCCACGCGUGUUUAUUGUUGCGAGGACAGGGUGGACACCGCAGCCUCCAUAUGGGAACCCACUGAAGGUGAAACCAGCUGUUGGCUGCUUCGUAUGUCCUGCCUGAGAGUUCACUCACCGCUUCUUCACCCCAGUCCAUCGUUUGAAGCAGCCCCCACCAUGAGCUCCUCUCCGCUGGUUUCUCGCUCUAACGUGGAUAUCCUGGAUGAGCUGCAGCUGAUCGCUGCACAGAACCUGGAGAGGCUGGAGGUCAACAAGUACUAUGAGGUGAUCAGGGAGCUGGGGAAGGGCACCUAUGGUAAGGUGGACCUGGUCAUCCACAAGAUCAGAGGUACAAAAAUGGCCCUGAAGUUUCUGAAGAAGAAGACAACCAAGCUGAAAUCGUUUCUUCGCGAGUAUAGCAUCUCACUCUACCUGUCCCCUUGCCCUUUCAUCAUCAACAUGUUCGGCAUCGCCUUUGAGACAGACGAGUACUAUGUCUUUGCCCAGGAGUACGCUGUGGCAGGAGACCUCUUUGACAUCAUUCCUCCACAGGUUGGUCUCCCGGAGUCGGUGGCAAAGCGCUGUGUGCAUCAAGUGGCCAUUGCUCUGGAUUAUCUGCACUGUAAGAAGCUUGUCCACAGGGACAUCAAGCCUGAAAACAUUCUCAUUUUUGACAGAGAGUGUCGCAAAGUCAAGCUGUCAGACUUCGGAAUGACUCGUCGCGCUGGCUCGCCUGUAAAAAGAGUGAGUGGCACCAUUCCCUACACGGCCCCUGAGCUUUGUGACGCCUCUCGCCAGGAGGGUUUCUGUGUGGACUACAGCACCGAUGUCUGGGCCUUUGGUGUGCUGCUCUUUUGCAUGCUGACUGGGAACUUCCCGUGGGAGAAGGCGCUUCCCACCGAUACUUUCUAUCAAGAGUUCAUCCACUGGCAGAGGAGGAGGACAAAUACGGUGCCGUCUCAGUGGAGGCGCUUUACAGAGCAGGCGCUCCGUAUGUUCCGCCGACUGCUGUCAGUGGAGCAGGACCGCCGCUGCUCCGUUAAGGAGGUCUUCGGAUACUUUAGCCACUCUUGGAUGCUAGAUUCAGAGCAUGACAACAAUGGCAAUGGAGGUUGGGGAGGUAGCAGGGAGAUGGUUGGAGGCGGCAGCGGAGGAGGGAAUAUGCGUGGUGAUAUAGACGGUACCAUCUCAACUUCUUCAUCAGGGGAAGAAGACGAGGAGCUCCUGGUAGAGAGGAUGAAGCAGCAGACUUUGUCGCCUCGCUCGCCACUCUCGCCACUCUCUCCCGUGGCAGUGGACAGGGGCAGCGGUGGUGGCGGCGCAAAGGGAAACAUGAUGGACCCCGGCGGGGGACAUUUUGUGUCUGUUUCCACUAACAGCUCUGUGUCGUCCACCAACAGUUAUGACCGAAUGCCACGAGAAAAUGGUUCCCCCGGUGGUCGCCUCCUGGUGGCUACACCCAUUGAAAUCUGCGUGUGAGCAUGGCCGGCUCGGCGACAGACUGAACCCACACUUUUAUACCUCUCAAACUGCAAUAGUUGUGCAUGUCUCAAAAAAUGACCAGACUAAAAACACUAAUGUAUCUUGUUUUCAACAUGUUAGGAAGAAUGGUAAAACACAAUAAGGCUACGAAGAUCUUGACUGAAGGCAAACUUUCCUCAUAAGGAAACAUUUUUCAUUGGAUGUCAACAAGAGAGGCUUUGUUUACAAUCUAGUGACAUUUUGAAAUGCAUUUCAUUCGAAAAAGAAAGAGAACAGACUAAUAAAAAGGAAACCAGAAAAGAAAACCAAAACUUAUUUUAUAGAGCAAUACUUGCAGCAAAAAAAAAAUGAAAGGAAGGACAAGGAAAAAGCUUUGACAAAGUGACGCAGGAUUUGUUUUAUAAGGAGGACUAAAAUAUGAAGAAGAGAUCAAGGAGUGGGACAAUGUGUAAAAAAAUAUGAAAAGUAUGUUUGUGGAUUGUGUCUGUAUGAAUCUAAGAAAAGUGUAUUUAUUUUAAUUUGAAAUACUAUUUAUUUAUUGACUCCUUAAAGACUAAGCUAUUUUUUACUAUUUUCUUUCUUUUUGUUAUUUUUGUAAAGUAACUGUCUAUGUUUUCUGUUUUAGUGAACACUGUAACGUCUAAUUCCACUUACCUAAUAAGUCGGGGUGUAACGGUGUGUUAUGACACAACAUGAUACCUGGUUUACAACCAGUAAACCUUUUUUAUUUUUACAAAUAAUCUGAACUUUUCACCAAUCACAAACAUUUUAUUAAGUAGAAAGAUUUUACUUUUAGAUCUUGGAGUGUUUAUUACGACGGACUAUUAGGGCCAACAACAAAAUAAAA